UCCGAGCAGCAAUUCUAGCCUUUGGGAAUCUUCAGUCCGAGGCCAUGUGGCAUCAUUUCAUCUGUUCAAGGGACCUUGACUUCAUGGCUAGUCCGUGACGACGAACAUUUGCACCAUCAUCGAGUUUGGUGCGCGCUCUCUGUCAUCAUUUCUAGAGCAGAUACUUAUUGCGCCCAAAUCCAUCCAGGUGCAGCCGCUCCUGCUUCUGUCACUGACCACCACUGGGUACACAGCCACUACCACCCUGAUGACCUGGAGCCAAUAUAGCUCGGACAGAAUACCCUUCCCUACUCCGUACCGCACGAGAGACAUUUACUAUCCCACUCUAUACCCGGAUCACAACCUUUACCAUCCAUACGAGCGCCAUUUGCGAAGGCGCCGUAGCAGCCGGUCACACAAUGAAUCCACGGAGAAGUGCCCCGCUGUGCUCAAGGACAAAAGCAUUACAGACCGUGCAGGCGACCUAGGCUGGACGCUCGCAUACGCCACAGCAUGGGCGUUCAGAAACCUUGUUGGCAAUCAGAUUGAAGUUGUCGACGCGAUCGACCGUGUGCGAGAGCUGGGCGAGGUCACUCAAGAUACGCCUUUCAUCAUCUUCGACUAUCUGAGCAGAGCGCUGUUCGGCGGUAAGCUUAGAGGUAUGGUCCACUUAAGCUGGAAGUCGCUUGCAAGCUUCUCCCCCGGCAUUACAAGUGCACCAGGCGUUGUGCCUGGCAUAUCUCGAGUCUGCAUUGAGCUGAACAGUACGCCUUUCGAAGACGGCGAAGCCGAAAUAGACAACCUGCUUGAUGCAUUAAUACACCAAAUGAUCCAUGCCUACUUCCUCAUCGCUUGUGGCGCACAGCCGAAGGGCUCGAAGCAAGACGGACGGCUUCUCGAUGGCCUUCAUUUCGGUGUAAUCCUCUUCACCAUCAGAGACCUUUCGAUCAACUGCAGGUACCGCCGCCCAUUGAAUCUCAUCUUCUAUGCUUCCACCCGAAGACGCAAGGCCGCAGGACAGUCUCGACGAAUGCUGCCGAAUGACGGCCUAAUGUUCGUUGAAAUCGAUUCAAGAGGUCUCGCUGCCGCCGACGCGCCAGCGGAUGGUCAAUCUCAUUGCAGCUUCGACAACCGCAAAGUGCGAUAUGCGCAGCUCAAGAAUUGGCAGAUCGAAUCGUAUUCGGCUGCGUUAGACUUGGACAUGGAGAGCAAAGGCGAUGUCAUCUACGACUUGAAUGUUGACAACGCUUUCGUGCCGCUCGACCGUCUCAAGGCACCGCCGUCAACCACUUACAUUGAGCUAAUCUGGGAGGACAAGCGCGUCAUGGUGAAGCGAGAGCUUGCACUCAAGUACAAGAGUAUCAUGACGCCUCUUGAGAAAGAGCACAAGAUGGAGCUGAAGGUACCUGAAUGCUCUCAAUAUGUGUUCAGGCAUAUCUACGAUUUCUUCAUGAAAGGCUCGUAUGCCAUGGGUCUUGAACUUUCAAUGCAAGACUCCAGCACGUACGAGCAUUCUCGAGGUCCACCAGUGCUGACCAACAGAGGCUCGAAGCAGCCCGAGUCCACGACUGGUGUUGUGGUGCAACUGCAAGUCUUCAAGGUCGCCGAAGCCAUGAAGUUCGAGGAGCUGCAGAAAUACAUCCUAAGUGUCAUUUGGGACCUACCUGUGACCGACGACGAUCCCAUUAGCAUUCUCCAACAGCUUUACAACGAGCAUGACAACAGUGGACCAAUUCAUGCCGAACUUCAUAAAUGGGGCAGAGAGUUCCUUGCCAGAGUUGAAGGGUAUGCACCGAAUGUUCACUCCGCCUACAACCCUUCGAGCGCCGGCAUGAGCAAUCUCCAGAAGAUCUGGGCCUGGCAUGGAUCGCGCUUCAACAGCCUCUACCAUUGCAACAUGGCGCUCAAGGAUGACUGCAAGCAUGCUACUUAUGCGCUGAAUGCUGGGUCGGGAAUGGGUGGCCUUGGCCGUGGGCCCAUUGCCCAGCCUUCUCUGGGCCCCAUCGGUCGCGGGAACAUCGACAGUAUGCAGAUCCGCGGCCCACCAUGGGCACGAAGCAUGAAUGACCUUCCCAUGUUGCCAUCGCCUUACGGUGCUCUUCCUCUACCGGCUUGCACGCCAAUUGGUACCCCCUUUAACGACAUGGCCAUCGGUCUUGGGAAGCACCGGCAAACCACGAGGCCAUUCAGCCUUCCCUGGCAAUCAAGCAUACAGGCACUGGAUCUCGACGACGGCUAUCAACACUAUGGCCGUGAUGGAAGGCAGAAAGUUUAUAACCCGUGGACGGGCGACAUUUAUGUGCGAAGACCACGAGUAUUCUACGACAACAACAUCGACUUCAUAUAGGUACUGACGAGCGUUGACAUGCUUCUGAUACAAGCGAUCACUAAUGUAAUGGUCAAUACGUGGAUGGAGAUCAAGCCAUCGUACUGCCUAUCGGCCUUCCGGAGACUACUCUUACG